AUGUGUGCGAGUCCAACGUCCAUCCCUCCAAAUAUCACCAUGGAGUGCAACGACGACCAGUUGAUGAACAUGCAGGUGAUGCCCAUGAUUGAGCUCUACUCGGACAUGGGCUGGUCGCGCUGGUGGUGGACACGACUCAUGUGGGCGACUCUUGAUCUCGUCAUGGACACCAUCUAUUGGCUUGACAUCUUCGUUCGUACCCGCACUGGAUUCCUCGAGCAAGGUCUCGUAGUCAGAGACAUCGAGAAAAUCAGGAAGCAGUACUUUGAGAGCAAACAGUUCAAGUAUGAUAUAAUAAGCAUCAUACCACUUGAUUAUAUUCUCGGGUGGCCGUGGCCUUUCCAGUGGUUUCGGCCGUUUCCAGUUGUCCGUAUAAAUCGCCUCCUGCGUAUUGACAGGGUGCAGGACUGUAUGGAGCGAACAGAAACCAGGAGUUCAAUGCCGAACGCCUUUCGAGUACUUUGCGUCGUCUGGUACAUCAUAGUCAUCAUUCACUGGAACGCAUGCUUCUACUUCUGGAUUUCUGAGAUGAUCGGUUUGGGAUCGGACGGCUGGGUAUACGGUCCGUUGAAUAAGCAGAGUCUUCCCGAGAACGUCAAGGACACACUUCUUCGCCGGUACAUCUACAGCUUCUACUGGUCAACUUUAAUUCUGACGACUAUCGGAGAGGUCCCGUCUCCUGUACAAAAUGUGGAAUACCUAUUUGUGACGUUGGAUCUGAUGUGUGGAGUGCUCAUUUUCGCUACCAUCGUCGGUAACGUCGGAAGCAUGAUUUCCAAUAUGAGUGCUGCUCGAACGGAGUUUCAAAACAAAAUGGACGGCAUUAAGCAGUACAUGGAGCUCAGGAGGGUCAGCAAGCAGUUGGAGAUGCGAGUGAUCAAAUGGUUCGACUAUUUAUGGGCUAAUAAGCAAUCACUAAGCGAUCAACAAGUUCUGAAGGUGCUUCCCGAUAAGCUGCAAGCUGAAAUCGCCAUGCAAGUGCACUUUGAAACGCUUACGAAAAGUCCGCAUUUUCCA